AUGACGUUUGAGAUCAUACUAUUUCUCAAGUCAUUGGAGAUUUUACAGACUGUUUAUAACCAAUCUAUGCUUGUUCACUCUAAUCUUCGUGAUCCUUUGACUGUUUCGAUUCUCUUUCCCCUCCCAUUGUUCUUCCACCGCCAUUGCCUCAUUCUAUGCGAUUCAGGUUUAGAGAUCGAUUUCGCUGCGUUCUUCCUUUGUAACCUUCGUAUAGUUGCAGUCGACCAAAGAUGCAAUCAACAAUGUUUCCUCCGGCAAUUAUCACCACCACGCGACAGGAACCACCGAUUGAAGCCGAAUAUUUUCGAUUAUCACCAUCACACCACACGAACCACCGGGGAGUAUUUUACCGGCGACAAUAUCGUAGCUGAAGUCAGCACCACCCUCACCACUGAUUGCUCCUGUUGUCCCCUCGUAGUUAUACAACAUCGACAAUAAGAUGGGAAAAUCCUUAUCUGAUCCAUGUUUGUUGGAAACUGCAUAAGGAAGUAACAUACGUUGUUUUUUUUAAUGAAUGGGUUUCAAUUUCAACUUUUCUUUUGAUUUCGAAUUUUUUGUUACUUCUAUUAAUGUUUCUAUAAAUUUUUCUUUCCCAGAAGGAGAAUGUGGUGGCCUUUGAAGAAACGCAUCCGCUUUUCACUUUUUCCUCUCAUCGAUGUCUCUUUCUGUAUUUUCCAUGUUCAUAAUUUGUUUAUCUUCAUUUUAAUAUUUUCAAGAAAAUAAAUUGAGUAGCUUUUAGUACUUCUUGAUGGUCUAAAGUUGUGAAGAGAACAAAAAAAGGGGAAUUAGGUUCAGAUAGUUCAAGAUUCUUCUAUCUUCAUGAGUUGAGAUGUAUUGAGGAGGUUAAGAGGGUGAAGAUGCUUUAAGAUGGUGGUUGGUGGCUGGUGGUGGCAGCUGCAUAUUCUUCAAAUAUUGAAAAAAUUGGGUCUGAAUCUGGGUUUGAUCAUUUGUAAGAGGCUUAUCAAAAGAUGAAGAUGGUGAUGAU